AUGGAGUCGGGUUACAGCCCCUCAGAGAAACAUGUAGAGGAUGAUGUUGUUGCCGUGGAAAUGAGGGAGCAGCAGCUGCAGCCGGCACUGCUCGACCAAUCAGAGUUGCCCUCCGAGCGUCUGUCCCUCCCCUCCUCGCAGACGGACGGCAAGCUGGCCAAUCGAGACAGCGGCAUCGACAGCAUCAGCUCUCCAUCGCACAGCGAGGAGCUCUGCUUCGCGGGUGUGGAUGAUGGGGGUGUGGCCUAUCAGUGCAGCCCCGCCCUUUUGCCCAGACUCUCCAGCUCAUCCUCGUAUGCUGGGGAGGGAGGUGAGGGGGAGGGCGAAGAGGGGGAGUCGAGGGCAGGUGCGAGGCGGAGGAGGGAGUUUUCAGAGGAGGGAGACAGCGACCUGGAGGAGGAGGAGGCGGAGCUAACUCUGGUGCUGGCCCCUCCCAAGACAGACCGACAGGACUCUGCUGAGUUGUCUGUCCAGCAGAGGGUCUUCAAUAUCGCCAAUGAGCUGCUGCACACAGAGAUUGCCUACGUCUCAAAGCUCCACCUGCUGGACCAGGUUUUCUGUGCCAGACUCCUGGAGGAGGCUCGGUCUCGCUCCUCCUUCCCCUGUGAUGUCGUUCUGGGGAUCUUCUCCAACAUCUGCUCCAUCUACUGUUUCCACCAGCAGUUCCUGCUGCCGGCGCUGCAGAAACGCAUGGAGGAGUGGGACUUAAACCCGCGGAUCGGUGACAUCUUACAGAAGCUGGCCCCCUUCCUGAAGAUGUACGGCGAGUAUGUGAAGAACUUUGACCGAGCCAUGGAGCUGGUGAACAUCUGGAUGGAGAGAUCGACUCAGUUCAAGACCAUCGUCCAGGAGAUACAGAGGGAGGAGCGCUGUGGGAACCUGACUCUGCAGCACCACAUGUUGGAGCCGGUUCAGAGGAUUCCUCGCUAUGAGCUGCUGCUCAAAGAUUACCUCCACAGGCUGCCAGAGGACGCCCCGGACUACAGGGACGCCCAGAAGUCUCUGGAGCUGAUCGCCACAGCAGCCGAACACUCCAACGCUGCCAUCAGGAAGAUGGAGCGAAUGAGGAAGCUGUUGAAGGUGUACGAGUUGUUGGGAGGAGAAGAAGACAUUGUUAACCCAACUAACGAGCUCAUUAAAGAGGGACACAUCCUUAAGCUGUCCAAUAAGAACGGGACCACGCAGGACAGAUACCUCAUACUGUUCAAUGACAGGUUACUGUAUUGCGUCCCGAAGCUGCGUCUGAUUGGUCAGAAGUACAGCGUCCGGGCCCGAAUCGAUGUGGACGGCAUGGAGCUGAAGGAGACGAGCAGCGUCGCUGUGGCCAGGACGUUCCUGGUGUCGGGAAAACAGAGAUCCCUGGAGCUGCAGGCCAGGACGGAGGAGGAGAAGAAAGACUGGAUCCAGGCCAUCCAGGCAACCAUCCAGAGGCACGAGCAGACCAUGGAGAGUUUCCGACACUUGAACUGUUCACUCCGAGAUGAUGACUCCACGCCGCCUCACUCUCCGAGCUGUGCUGAGCUGGGGAAACGAGCUCCGACUCCCAUCAGAGAGAAGGAAGUGACUCUGUGCAUGAAGUGUCAGGAGCCAUUCAACUCCAUUACCAAGAGGCGCCACCACUGCAAAGCCUGUGGACACGUGGUUUGUGGGAAAUGCUCGGAGUUUCGCGCUCGCCUGUCUUACGACAACAACCGAACCAACCGUGUUUGCAUCGACUGCUACGCCACGCUUGUGGGCGUGUCGCCGUCUCCCGUUGGGCUGACCAGCAGCAGUCACAGAAGACGCUCCAUCCUGGAGAAACAGGCCUCGUUGGCAGCAGAGAACAGUGUGAUUUGUAGUUUUCUGCAUCACAUGGAGAAAGGAGGAGGGCGGGGCUGGCAGAAAGCCUGGUUUGUCAUCCCCGAGAACGAGCCGCUGGUGCUCUACAUCUACGGAGCUCCACAGGAUGUGAAGGCGCAGCGCAGCGUGCCUCUGAUUGGCUUUGAGGUCUCUCUGCCCGAGUCAUGUGACCGCCUGGAGCGACGCCACGCCUUCAAGAUCUCCCAGAGCCACCUGACCCUCUACUUCAGCGCCGACGGGGAAGAGCUGCAGCGGCGAUGGAUGGACAUCCUGUCCAGGGCUGGGAGGGGGGAGGAGCUUCAAUUCCACCGACCAAUCGUGGAGAGUCUUGAAGAGGAGGGGGAGGAGUUUGCAGCUGUGGCAGAGGAAGAGAACACGUGAUUCUGUUGGACAAGGAAUGAUGGUGAUGAUGAAGAUGGGGGCCUUUAAAUGAGGAUCAGUUGGAAACCAGAAAACAAAACAAACUGUUGUAGCUAAAAUAUCUGACACACACACACACACACACACACACACACACACACACACACACUCUGCUCUUUCUGUGUAUUUAAAGUUGCGUGGUUCGUCUGCAUGAUUCCUCCCGGCUGUCCACACGAGUUGGCGUCUCUCUCUCUCUCUCUCUCACUCUUUCUCUCUGUCUCACUUCACCUUUUUCUAACCAGUGUUGAAGCGGUGUAGUGGGUGGAGCCUCUUCUGACAGUUGUCUCUCCUUUGAACAACAACAUCACACUCAUUCUAGCGUCCUGCGUCACCAUGUUCUUGAUUUCAGCACUCCCACGAGCCUCAGCUUCAUCUGGAGUUAUGACAUCACCGUCACGUCCUGUUUGAAAUAUUUCGUCCACAAAGACCCGAAAGUGAAACGAUGAGAGCUGUAAGGAGCACGUGCGCCACUCAUUCGCUGGUUUUUAAGUCAUUAUAGUAACAAUUCAACAUGUUUCUUCCUGCUGUCGGGCAGAUAAACCAGAAGACGCCACAUCUUGUUUGUGGCCACUUUUUGAUACUUCACAGAAUAAAUAAAUAUUCAGUAUAAAAACGAUCCGCACAUGAAUUGAUAAGGACAAGAGUUACUACUUGCAGCUGCUGCAAACCCCGAAGCUCUCUGAUUGGACGUUUCCUGGACUCGAUCAACAAUAAAGCACAUCGAACCGACCCCACUGCAAGUCCUCUGCCGCCCACUCUUUAAGUUCAUGUAACCGGAUGUCUGGUGAGAGUCUCUCGUUGGUCUGCAACAGGUUUGGAGCAAAAAAAGUCACAUUUCCUCUACAAGUAAUCAGAGGUGUUACUUCCAGGGACUCAUGUUGAGAAAGUUCACUCUGCGUGGGAUAAAAUCCUCGUUUAGAUUUGAUUCCUCUGGUGGAAAAGCAGGUAGAAGAACUGAGCUCCUCAGCAGGCGUCACAGGAAACGUUCCUGCAAUUGAAACGACUUUUAAAUAAUAAGUGUGAUGUGUCUGAGUCAAACAGCAAAAACAACGUUUCAGAACCACUUUAGUCUUCUCCUGAUUUCAUCUCCCGGCUGGAUUAAUCCUCUAUGAGCUCCUGAGCAUCCACAGAACAUGCAGAAUGUGCUCCUGCAUAAAGCAGAGGAAGAACCCACAAACUGCAAGUAAAAAAAAUCCAUAUGAAGAUUCAAAACACAGUUAUUAUCUUGUAUAAACACAAAUAUCUGACAAAACAGAGAAAAUGUGAGGAGCGAGUAAUCCGAGCAUCCUUAAACCCCCAGUUAUAGUCAGAUGAAAGGUGAUUGGUUGUGGAAGUGUGAUUCAGGUCCUGAUUGAGAACAACAGGCUCCAAAAUUCAGACGUCUGAAUCCCAAAUGUAAGGUGAGGAGUCAACACGGAUGUGAAUAAGCAGCAGGUUUCCUCACUGCGUUAAAAAAAGAAGCUGAGCGGUGCUAAAAAAGGUCGAUGGUGGGAACAGCAGAUUUUAAAAACACAAAGGAAGAAGUGGACCGAUGUUUCCUUCAUCAAUGCACUUAAAAGACUUUUGGAUUUUUACCGCCAAUUUACCCCAGUGAAGAAAUUCUGGCUUUUCAACCAAUUGGAGGAAAGCAGCAUUUCCUCAGCAGCAGCCUCUGCUGUUGAGGUUUUUGCUGAAGCUCCUCUGCCCUCUGCUGGUAAAGUCAGGAACUGCAGUUUAAAAAAAUAAAUCACUGAUCCUGUUCCUCACAGACCUGCAGAAAGUAUGCUCAGCAUUUGAAGGUUUUAUUUUAACUUCUCAGUCUGAGAUAUUUUUUCAUGUAUUUAUUUCCUGCAGAGAUCGAUGUUUGUUUCUCAGAGUUCAAACAGUUUCUUCAGUCCGACUAAAAAAAAAAAAAAAAAUCAGACAAACUGGAAGUUUCUUUUAAUGUAUUUAUUUAUGCUUAACAACUGAGAUGUGUUAUUAACUGGUCAGAGUCUUCUGCACGAUAAUAAUAUUAUUAUUAAUAAUGAGUUAAAUGUUGAUGAUUGAUUUUCAGAUUUUUCUUUGAAAUCAGGAUUUUCUGCUCUUGAUUUUCAAAGGUUGGUAUGAAACGACUUUGUAGCCCGUGAUUUUGACCAAAAAACUCUCUGAUGCAGAGAGUUUCAGAUACAGUCUCAGUUAAAAUGACUAAAAAUACACAUUUGACUUCAUAUGUUCUGAUUUUGACAUAAUGUCUUAAAUUUAAUAGACAGUUCUGUUAAUGUUUCAUUAUUUAAUCUGAUUGAGGUACAAAUGUCAACAUUUUAAUGUAACGCUUUGCAUUCAGGAAAAAAAAGCCUUUCAAGGAGAUUUUUGUGUAAAUAUGAUUCAGAUUUUGUAAUUAUUAGGUAUGUAAGUCAUGUGGUCCUGUUAAACUACAACCUCCAAAAUACUUUUCUUUUGUGAAUGCAAAAUGUCAAACAUAUAAUUUGGAAGAAGAAAAUGUUUAUGCAGAGCUGAAAGGAUUUAUUUUGAAUAUCUAGCUGCUCCCAGUGUCUGAUUUUUGUGUUUUUUUUUAACGGCAGUAAAAUGAAUAUUUUGGAGUUUUAGAUUGUUGAUUCAGACAUUUGAAGACUUGGACUCUGAGAAACUUACAUUUUUUGACUUUUAUUGACCAGAAGAUUUAUACGAUAUAAAAAGUAUUAAUGGAAAUAAUCGUCCAAUAAAAGGACUCUUACGAUGAUGUUUUUUGGAUGUAUAAAGUUUGGAUGUUUUUAAGGACAGAGUCUCUAACAGGAACUGGACCGGACUGCGGACCUUCACGUCUCUCUGGGUCUGACCCACUCGGUCUUUCGUUUCCUGAAAUGAAUCCAGCGAUUAGAUGGAGCCGAUCUGAACAGAAAUCAAAAGAAAAACUAAAGACUUUUGUUGUUUUUCUUUUUUUGACUUGCAGUGGUUCAGUAUUUCUCUCUCUGUCUCUAUAAACACAUUUUGGACAAAGUGUUUUGAUAGUGGAAAAAAAAAAGCAGAUAUUAUGAAUAUUAUUAUUGUUACACUAUGAUGAACUGAAAAGACUUGUUGUUGGAUAUUUCUGUGUUUAUGAGUCUGGAUUGUGUUGAUGUUUGCUUGAUGCAAGUUGAUGCAAGAAGAAAACAAAGCAAAGAUUUUGUAAAUAUAUAAUUUAUUCUCCCGUGACCCUGUCAGGUCAUGUGACUGUGUAAAGGUUAAAAGGUUAACGCUUGCUGUUCCUCUGCACAGCCAGAGCCACGCAGACAGUUCGAGGACUGACGGGGUGAAGGUUAAAGGAACAACCUGACGUUUCAGUGACGUCUGUAGCUGUGAGAUCGAACACUGGAAGCAGGGGGAACCUGUUAGCAUAGAAAGGAAAAGAAAAUACUGCCCGGCCAAAAAGAAACGUCACACACUUUUAUGGUUUUUUGGACCGCCUUUUUGCAUUGGCACAACAAAUUUAUUUCCAUCCAGAGUUGUAGUCAUUUAUUGACACCAAGGUCUUUGAUGAUUGAAGAUUUGAAUCCCUGUCUUAAAGAGUCUCAGAGGGGUUAUGGUCUGGACUCUGUGGUGGCCAAUCUGAUUUGAACCUGAUGCAUCCUGGCAAAUCCAAUCAUUCACGUGGUCAGCUGACCCGUUCUAGGUCACGUAACAUUGCUGAACCAUGACCUGACCAUCUGAAGAAACCCCAGAUCAUAGUCGUCAUAACCUUUGUCCAGUGGUCCAGAGUCUGAUCUUUAUACUCCCUAACAAAUCAAAGCCCUUCUUUUCAAUUAGCUUCACCAAUAAUUGCUUUUCUUAAGGAGACACAGAUGUUUUGUCCCAAUCCCUGCGUGAGGAAAUUGAUUUUUUUACAAGUUCACCAAACGUUGAAAUGACAGCCGAUCACACUCAUUCAAGACGUUUAUCAGACCACAUAUCUUCUUUGAAGAUGAUGGUUCAACACUUUCUGGAUAAUUCUUAAACCAGUUCUAUGAUUUUCAGUAAUCUCUUUUGCUUGAAGCGAUAAUUUGACCUUCUAGUAAGAAAGCAACAUGUUUUCCAUGACCCAGGAUACGUCUUCUGACAGUUUUUAAAAAAUAAGAAGCUACUCAUAUUAAUCACUGCACUAAUUAUCCAGUGGAUGGCUCUUGCCUAUUUGCUUAUUGAACUCUAGGUAGUGACUUUUUUUUGGUUUGGCAGUGGAUAAACUGUUAUAAAAUAGCUGGUAGAGAGGAGUGUAAUAUGUCGAUGUGGUGGUUAUCUUUGAACGGAGUUUAAAAGGCGGCGCUUUUCCAGGACAGCUUUCUAAAGUUUUCUGUCAGAGUUGAUCAAAAUUCUGCUCAAGAUGGUGGAAGUUGUAAAAUUAGACAGGAAGAAAUACAAGUGAAGAAAGUUAAAAGAAGUUGAAGAGUAAUUGCAACAGGCUGCAUGCUACUGCUUUGCCUCGUUAACAGACUGUUAAUCAGUUAUUGGUGGUCGCUGAUAAAGCUAAAAUACCAAAGAUGUGCUUGUUCCUGCUCCUUUCUUUCCUUUUCUGCUGGACCGUCACAGUUUAAAGGCCAAGCUACUCAUCAAAACUCAGUCAAAAUCAUGAAACUUGUGUUAGUUAUCAAGGUGACACGCAGCUGCUUUCUCUUAAUGUAAAAUGCUAAUGAAUAGGUUGGAAAAGCUAAGCUAACAGUUCCCCUUUGCUUCCACAGUUUGUGCUAAGCUACAUGCUAACCAGAGUGGAAUCUUUGGGAAGCGUUUCGUGAUUCUGCAUUACACAAACAUUCCUCUCAGAAUGUGGAAGUCUUCUUUAGCUUCUACCUCACCGCCUCGCUAUCUGGUGCUCAGUCUGCACGUGGCUCUGGUUGCUACAGUGUGUUUUUUAGCGUGUUUUUGGCAUGUAAAGCAGUGAUAAUGGAAGGAAAUGGCCAGUAACUCAGCCUUAUAUAGCUCCCAUCGUCAUCAACUGUUUUGAUGUGGUGAAAAACGUGUGGUCAAUGCUUAAGUUGCUUCUUUUUGUUUGAGUUUUAUUGAAUCUUUUCUGUUGCCAGAGAUCAUUGCAGACUGGAUUAAACUGUUCCUGACUGGUUCUGACGACAGUAUAUAAAGAUGGACGUAGCCACCAUGAAGUUAGCCAUUGGUUUGUGUGGAAUAGAUACUGGAUAAUUAAUGCUGAAUAGCAAAUUAAAAUACUACAAUUUCACUUAAAAAACAAGUGAUAAUACGUAUCAGAUAAUUUUAUUAUAUGAAAAUUGUCAAUUUGGUUCACGCAUUGGACUUGAAUUUGUUGGCUGUAACAUCUCUGUAGAGAUUCUUCUGCCAAUCAAAGUAGGGACGCCUCUAAUACUGACAACUUAAGUAUAACUAAGUAAGUUCACCCCACUACAGUUUUUAAGGUUUAAAUUAGCCACAGAGACCAAACCCAUGUUGUGGACCAGGGUGUAAACAUGUUUGUUUCUGCUGUACAGUCAGACAUUUUAACACGGGAGUCUAUGGAGACUCACUGUUGUAGGCUGCCUCAAGUGGCCAGUUGAGGAACUGCAGUUUAAAAACAAUUCUGCCUGGGUGCUUGCUGCUUAGUUUUAACUAUUUAAAUAAAGUUUUUAAAGCAGUUUAAAGAAAUAUUUGCAUCCAGUUUUGACAGAUUAGAGCCAAAAACUUGUGAACAAUAAAAAAAAAAAAA